UACUGGAUUCGCGCACGGUAAUGGGGGAUCUAGGAUGGAUAGCCUACCCAAAAAAUGGGUGGGAAGAAAUUGGUGAGGUGGAUGAAAACUACGCUCCGAUACACACAUACCAAGUAUGCAAGGUAAUGGAACAGAAUCAGAACAACUGGCUUCUGACCAGCUGGAUCUCUAAUGAGGGGGCAUCUCGCAUCUUCAUUGAGUUAAAAUUCACCCUGAGGGACUGUAACAGCCUUCCAGGAGGACUUGGGACUUGCAAAGAGACUUUUAACAUGUAUUACUUUGAAUCAGAUGAUGAAGAUGGGAGGAAUAUCAAAGAAAACCAGUACAUCAAGAUUGAUACCAUUGCUGCUGAUGAGAGCUUCACAGAGUUGGACCUCGGCGACAGAGUUAUGAAGCUAAACACAGAGGUGAGAGAUGUUGGGCCCCUAACGAAAAAGGGAUUUUACCUUGCUUUCCAGGACGUGGGUGCCUGCAUCGCCCUGGUCUCUGUGCGCGUGUACUACAAGAAAUGUCCAUCGGUGAUCCGCAACCUGGCCCGCUUUCCUGAUACCAUCACAGGAGCAGAUUCCUCGCAGCUGCUGGAGGUGUCAGGUGUCUGUGUCAACCACUCAGUGACAGACGAGGCACCAAAGAUGCACUGCAGUGCUGAGGGGGAAUGGCUGGUGCCCAUCGGGAAGUGCUUGUGCAAGGCAGGGUACGAGGAGAAGAACAACACCUGCCAAGGUAAGGGUCCUCAGGGAGGGUACUGUGCUGAGGCUGCCGAGGUUGUGUGUGGUCUUGGUUUUCUUCUUUUCCAUGUCCUUCAUGCCUGGUUGAGUUGACAAUGGUGGGUUGGGUUCUCACUUCCACUGA